UGGCGUAGACGAAGAAGUUGGUUGACUUUAUAUAAAUACUAAUAUCUAUUCGAGAUCAGCUUGAGUUGACAACCUGGGAUUCGAUAACGUUCAGUGUGUAGUGUGUACUGAUGCCUUGUGAAGAUCUACGUCUCUAGCUGACUGCCAUUCAGGACCCAACGAAAAAGGUACAAUGGCCACGAAAAAGUUAGCAGACAUGGUUUUGCUAACUCGGAGUUAGCCAAGACCUACAUCGAAUUUCGUCCGUCACCGCCUGACUCUCUGAUUAAGAAAAUCAUAAUGUCUGUUUGUGAAAAACGGCCAUCGCCACUGCAACUGUGCGUAGAUGUCGGUUGCGGGUCGGGACAAUCCACUGAGCAGUUAGCCACUUCCUUUGAGCGAGUGAUUGGGGUUGACGUGAGCCCAGAUCAACUAGAGCUCGCCCGGAGCAGAAAUACUUUUAAGAAUAUUUCUUACAGCGAAGGAUCGGCCUAUUCAAUUCCAGUGGACAAUAACAGCGUAGACUUGGUUUCAGUAUGUGCAGCUGUUCACUGGUUCGACAUGAAGCCCUUUUAUGCUGAGGUAGAUCGUGUACUACAACCGGGUGGUAUCCUAGCUUGCUACAGUUACCAUGGUUGCUCCCCGGUCUAUCAAGGGCAGAGCUUUCGCAAGGAAUUCAUAGAGAUAUGGGAUCGUCUGAACGAAUAUUGGUCAGAAGGACAUAAUCAUCUCAGAACAGAUUACUCUGAACUUCCUCAGUUGUACUCUGAAGAUUUUCUCUUGAGAGGAUUCAGCGUUGAACAAGACGUCAGCCUGGAUGCCGUGAUAGGAUACAUAUCGUCUUGGUCAGCCCUCUCCAAGAAAAGAGAGAAAGAAGGAGACGAAGCGGCCGACAGAUUCGUCCAGGAUUCCAGAAACAGGUUGCUGUCGGCGAUGGGAACCCAGGAGUCUAAUCCACCGAUGAAGAGGAGGUACGAUUACUUCCUGAGAUUCUGGCGGAAGCCAAUUUCAUGAACGAAGAAGAGGCGACGAUAUAGUGAUAGGAAACAUCUUAGGUGAUAUUUCCGGGCAUUUCAUGAAAAGUAAAGAUUUGGCAUCAAAAAGGAGAAUAUUUGUUUCUAUAGUAUAUCAGUAUUUUAGUAUUUUUAGUAGAUGUUUUUAUUUGUGAAUAGGCAUUUCGAAAAAUCUCCGAUAUUUGUUAUUACGAAACAUGCCUGCGUUUGCGAGCAGGCUAAAAUUUUGUUCAUUAGUGAAACGAAUAAAGGGAAUAAACAUAAGAGCAAUAAG